AUGAACGCGUUACAGCAAAAACUGCUGUUCUACAGCAAGCGUAAAUCGUUCCGAUAUGGUGUACCGUUUUUGUUGCUAAUGGUUGGUGGUUCCUUUGGUUUGCAACAAUUUGCGCAAUUGCGAUACACAUUUUCCAAGAAAACUUCCCUAACUAGACAGGAAGCAGAGAAAUAUGGGCUUAAUAUGAAACAACAGGAAGAAGUUACUUUAGAAGGGGAGUACGACAAGAUUAAACAACUCGAUAUCGAACAUUGGGAAAAUGUUCGUGGGCCCCGACCAUGGGAAGAAGGAAGUCCACCCUCAGCCUGAUCGGGAUGGUUGAUACUGUUAGAUCAUUUCAAUAGAAAAUACAGUUUACUUUUCUUGUUUAUUAUGCUUCUUUUUUAGUCCAAUAAAAUAUUUGGCAUUAUUGAUUUG